UGCGCCCCGCCGCGCCUUCCGGAGCCUUUUAACGGUCCCGGGAAGAUCAUGGAAGGAAGAACUUCAGCAUCAUCAGGCCACAUCAGCUGGAGAUUAAGUAUCAGGAACAGAGAUUCUCCUACAAAAAGAAGGCGGAAAAGUGACUGUGACAGAUACAGCUGUCAUGAUGAAGAAUCAAUUGGGCAACCCAAAGUUAUCUUGACGAAUGUCCUGAGGACGAAAAUAGGACGAAAAUACGCACAGGUGCAACCCAAAACUGAUGCUAAUUUUUCUGAUGCUGACAAACUGCAGACAAAUCAACUGCCUUCAUCAUCUGUUGCCAGCCUAAAGAUAUGGCAAAUUUUAAAUCCUACUCUCCAAAGCCUUUUUCUAUCUAAAAGGCAACCCAAAGUUAUCUUGACGAAUGUCCUGAGGACGAAAAUUGGAAGAAAAUACAUAGACAGCCACGUAAUUAUUGAUGCUAAUUUAUCAGAUGCUGACAAGGUACAAUCAGGUCAACCACCCUCAUCAUCUGUUGCCAACCUACAGACAUGUCAAAUAUUAAGUCCUCCUCAUGAGAGGUCUUUUCUGUCCAAAAGGAAUGAGUGUUGCCUGAGAAAGACAGACGAUGGCCUGUGUAAAAUGAUCGAGCCUUCUAAGGAAUCAGAAAGCAAUAAUUUUGUCGUCACUUUGAGGAAACGUGAGCUACAGAAGAAAGAAAAUAAGAACUGUGUGGAGGAAGAGGGUAAGAGGAACAAAAACAUGAACUCUGUUGGUUGGAAGGGAUCAGACUCUGCUGAUUCUGAGAAAAGGAAAAGAAAACUUAGUGAUGACCAUAAUGCCCACMUUCCAGAAAAAUCGCUUCUGCCACCUAAGGAGCAAAGAUCAAGUUCAGCUCGRUCUCCUGGCUGCAGAAACCUCCGUGAGGAUCAGCAAGGUCGCGGGACUAACCUGGAGCAGGAGCCCGUUCCCCAGCUGCUGGGGACGGGUCGUAAAGACGCUUCCACCCAGAGCCAUUUCAGCUCUGCUCACGGCUGCGCAGAGGUGCCCGGCGCAGAGUCCCCUCCCAGAAACUUGUUGGAGAAGCAGCUUCCUGCCAAUGCCAAGGCUGCGGAUUCACCAGGAGUCAGCGCCCUCGGGGAGCGCAGCGGGGACCCGGCGUGGCGACCGGGCGGGCUGCGGAGCAGAAGCUGCAGGGUUAUCCUUUCCAGUGAUGAUGAGGAUGACUCUUCKGAACCAAAAUGCACAGAGCCACUGCAGGAUGAUAUAACUGAUAAUCGAGAAAUAGACCAUGAGUCUGAUUUACUUUUCUCAAAAAUGCUAUUGGAAGACAGGGUGGAAAGUCGCACAGAGCAGAUUUUGAUGGAGUCAAAUGAAACUAAAUGUCCUGUCAUGUUACCUUCUGAUAGCAUACCUAGUGAAGAGAAAAAAAGAGCAUUGGAGAUUGCUUUUGCUAGUUUGUACAUUGGGAAGUUUAAAUGGCCACCAACAAGUCAUGCUAGGUUUACGACCAAGCAUAUUACGAUCCCUUUUCAAGUGGCUCUUAAUAAGAAUAUUAAGCUGACAGUGGAUACUCUGGAUCUGAGAAGGUUUGGUCUGUGGAAAAGUGACGGUGGCUCUUCAAGGACRAUCAUUUUCCUUUGGUUGUCUGCUGAUUGUGUAGAAAAGAUUGAAACACAGCUGGGAAAAUCUGUUUUCUGCAAGUCAUCCAAAUCUAGUGAAUUUGUUUUUCUUGAACUGUCCCAGCCACUUGCAGAGUGGGAAGAAGUUAAACUCACUGAGUUAAUUGCAGAUGUGAGCAAGAAGAACAGAGCACCAGAUCUCUCCGAGGCUUUGUCUUUGAAGCAAGCCUUCCCUUUGUUCAAGGAUCUUUCUGCUGAAGAGAGCUCUUUUAUGAGUUACAAUAAGAGCCUACUUAGGCAAUGUAUGCCCAAAGACAAUACCUCCAGUGUGCAUGAGCCUGCAUUUCAGGAAUCGAAACCAAAAGUGUCCAGGCCUAGUUAUGCCCUUUCAAAUAAGCAGAAUAGUGGUUGCUAUUCCAUUUCUCUGUCCUCUGCACUGAAUGAUGAGUGGAAAGAAGUAAGAGAAGCUGGAGCAGUUAAGAAUUUGAUUGUUUAUCCACCUCCACCUGCAAAAGGAGGCCUGGGAGUCACAAGAGAAGAUCUGGAGUGCUUGGAAUAUGGAGAAUUUCUUAAUGAUGUCAUCAUUGAUUUCUAUCUUAAAUACCUCUUGUUGGAGAAAGCACCAAAACACCUUGCUGACCGUACGCACAUUUUUAGCAGUUUCUUCUAUAAGUGCCUCACCAGGACAGAGAAAAACUCUGAGGGAGAUCCCAAAGUUACAGCAGCACAGAGAAGACACAAAAGAGUAAGAACGUGGACUCGUCAUAUAAACAUCUUCAGUAAAGAUUAUAUAUUUGUGCCUGUGAAUGAGGAGUCUCAUUGGUACAUUGCAGUUAUCUGUUUUCCGUGGCUGGAAGAAGCUGUAUAUGAGGAAUGUCCCCAUCAGGCCUCAUUUGAUGACCAGCUUCAAGAAUCUGCACUUCAGUCAGAAAAGGAGAGUUGGAGCACUACAGCCAGUUCAGUGUUGGUCUUUCCUGGUAACUGCAAGGAUGGAGAAAUGGAUGCAAACAGACGCUUAUUCUCAAAAGGUGACAGUGAUGUUGCUGCAGUUCUGCACCCAGAUAUUUCUCAAAACUCUUCAAUUAAUUCCAGAAGGCAAAUUUGUAAAAGGCCUUGUAUACUCGUCUUAGAUUCUUUAAAAGCUGGCUCCUGGCAGAACACAGUCCAGGUGUUGCGAGAGUAUCUGGAAGCAGAAUGGGAAGCUAAACGAAAAACUCGACGGGAAUUCAGUAAAUCAACAAUGCUGGACUUCUGUCCCAGAGUGCCUAAACAGGAUAACAGCAGUGACUGUGGGGUGUAUUUGCUGCAGUAUGUGGAAAGCUUCUUCCAGAAUCCCAUAGAUAACUUUGAACAGCCAAUGCAUCUGGACAAGUGGUUUCCUCGUCAAGUGAUCAGAAGCAAACGAGAAGAAAUCCGAGAUCUCAUCUUGCAAUUGCACUUUCAACAGCAAAGUGGCAGCAGCAGCUAAUGAAGCUGCUCAGCCAGCCCUGGCAAAGACAUUGAUGUAUAUAAACAGUAACUGGAACUUUGCUUAGCAGAACUUGGGAUGCUCUUGCUUUACAAGACCAGAAAAAAUAAUACUACCAUGAGAAGUAUUUUGUAUGUUUGCUGUACCUUUUAUUUAAACUUUUUUUUUUAUUUGGAUUUUGUGCUCCUAGAAUGCAGUGCUGGGGGGAAAGGAAAAAACUGUACAUARAAGUGUAAAUAUGUAAGUUAAAACAAGUUCAUAUUUGCUGAUCGUUGAACUUUUACUUGAAAUAUAAAAGCUACAUCUGGAUAUGUGCCACGAGGAUGUAAAAAAUAUUUUGGUCGUGGGGCCUGUUCCUUACAAUUCCAUGUAACCAUAACUUAGAGUUGAAGGAGCAUGUAGGGAUCGUCUUCAAAAUCCUGCAGACAGGGUUUUGACCCUAUGCUGUGACUCUUUCUACUUUGCAGUUCGCACAGAAUUAAUACUAUGUAUUGUUUUAAUUUAAGAAUACAAUAUUGACUCUCUUUAGAGAUUUUUGUUUGUUUCUGAUUAUAUACAGAAGUAGUCUGCAUUUGUCAGAAUAUUCUGUUGGGUUUUGAGACUGCUAGAUCUUGUGGAUUUUUUUUUCCUCCCUUACAUUUUCAUCAAAGGAAAAAUGGGGAGAAGGGAGUGAAACAGUUCAUUUCUGUGUGAUUUUUUUUGAAAGCUUUAAAACUCAAAAGUAGUCUCUUGCCUAUAUUUUUAAUGACUUUUUCCUUAAUCAUAUUUUGGAAAACAAGCUUCAUCUCAAGGUAUGUGCCAAUGCAAUACUUGUGGGAAGUAGAUUUUUAAUCCUACGUGCAUUACUUCUGGGAAUUACACCUCUGAAUCUUAUGGCAUCGUUUGUGUUAGAAAAGCAAGCAGACUGUGGUGUAGCAAGCUUAUUUGAAAUGUUUUGCUGAAGAGUAAGCCUUUUUUUAAUUCAUAAAGGUCAUUGUUAUGUGUAAUAUGUCUUUAGGAUAUGUAAUUUACACAUAAAGCGAACAGGUUUUAUACUUUGCUCAGGGGAAUUGGGUAAAGAUGCCCGCAUGUGUGAGUAUUUGRACUUGGGACUUGAUUUGAAAAAUGAGCACAGGUUGGCGAAGUAGGCCCUGGUGCAGACACGGAUCACAGAAAACCUCAAURGCCUUCGCGUACGCGCACCCUGUCUGCCGCGGGCCCUGCCUGAGGUCGGGUGAACGUGUUCAGCAGGAGGCCCUCUCCUGUGCCCGAGGGAAGGUGAAGUCCUGGGUCCUUGCAGGACCUCGUGUCAGCGACCAGAACUGCACGGGUCAAACCUGCCACAAAACCUGCAGCUCCUAGAGCUUGCACGUGGGUUAGAGCAUUAGGAUGAAAAUAGAUGGCAACCCAAAGAUGUGAUCAGUUUUUUUGGUGUCUCGAAAUCCUCAGGGCCCCUUUCCUCAAGGCAACUCUGAAACUUUGUGUUGCAGAACCUGGUUGUUUCUUCAAGUUCUGUGCAGUCAUCCAAAAUCAAAACCGGAGAAAAACCCGGUGGUGUUUCUCAAACCAGGAAGCAGCAUUCUUUCUGGAGAAAAGAGACAAUUUUAAAAUAAAAUAGUUUGCUGGUCACAGUUACCUUUUGUAUAACUGUGGGCAGGCUGGUGUGAGUCAUGCCUGUGUCUGACUUUGUUUCCACGUCAGUUCAGUAGCUGGUCACUACCUCCCACCUCCCCCUUCCUCCUCCUCGUCCUCCUCCUCCUCAGCUUCUAUUCCCGUCAUCCCAGAGCACUUUGUGGCUUUCAUCACAUAAACAUUAGCACUAUUAUGGGGAUAAUUGUGUUUUUAUUAUAAAAAUAGAUAAAAGAAUGAAUUCAGAAAUAUGUGCCCUUUAUACUUUUUCCAUUGAUGAAUUUUUUGAUCUUCUUUCAAAUUUGUAUUAUAGUUUGGGGUUUUGUUACUGUAAAAAUUGGUUUCCAUCAUUAAGUAAUAUUUGUUUUUCUUUUAGAUUGGCUGGUAUGUAGAUAUUUAAAAGCAAAAAUCAUGUGUAAACGUCUSUGAGUGUGUUUUAUAACAUUAUUUUAAAUGAUGACCUUUGAUUAAUGCUAGUUGUGUACUAUGAGUAUGUCAAUACCUUUAAUAUUAAAAAAAAGUCUUCUA